AUGCGCACUUCAUUCUCUACCGUCCUGGCCCUUGCCGCCGCUCUCCCCACCGCCUUCGCCCAUUACAACUUUGAGGCUCUCAUCGUCAACGGCGAGGUUUCUGAGCCUUACCAGUACGUCCGAAAGACAACCAACAACAACAGCCCCAUCACCGAUGUCACCUCCAAGGACAUUGUCUGCAACGCUGGUGGUCUCGACAAGGACAUCCGCGCCGCCACCAAGACCAUGAAGGUCUCCCCUGGUGACGAGGUUGGCUUCACCGUUGCCAGCGAGAUGGGUCACCCCGGUCCCCUCUCCGUCUACCUCAGCAAGGCUCCCGAUGGCGCUGAGGCUUCCGACUACCUCGGAGAUGGCGACUGGUUCAAGGUCUACGAGAUGACCUGGAAGAAGAUCGGAGCUGAGGGUGUCGAGUGGGCCAACUACAUGAACGGCCAGUCUGGUGGUAUCCAGAACUUCACCUUUACUCUUCCCAAGGAUACUCCCAAGGGUACCUACCUCAUGCGCGCUGAGCAUGUCGGUCUCCACGGUGCUGGCGAGAAGAACGGUGCUCAGUUCUACAUUGGUUGUGCUCAGAUCACUGUCGACGGUAACGGUGCUGGCAAGCCUUCUCCCAUGGUCAAGCUCCCCGGUGCUUUCAAGGCCACUGACCCCAGCCUUCUCCUCAGCAUCUACUACCCUCCCGUGACCAAGUACGAUGCUCCUGGUCCCCGCCCCUGGCCUAACGCCUGCACUGACCACACUCCCAACUUUGCCGGUCAGGCCAGCGAUGGUGACUGCACUGGUGAGAAGGCUGGCUCUGGUUCCGGCUCCGGCUCCGGCAGCGCUGCUCCCGUUGCCAGCGAUGCCCCUGCCACCUCUGCUCCCGCUGCUACCCCUACUGCCGCUGCUGUCACCACCUCUGCUCCCGCUGCCCCUGUCGCUACCAAGGCUCCUUCCAGCAAGUGCAAGGCCAAGCGCGCUGCCAACAAGGCUGCCAAGGCUAAGCGUGCUCUUAAGAAGUAA